AUGUCUGAAUUUGAAAGAAGAAUAAAUUACAGAACUCAAAUCGAGCAACAAUUGCUCAAAAAUAAAUUACAACUAGAUUCCUUGGAUUAUGAAGGGUCACAAUUAAAACCGGGGUUUAGAACUAGUUUGGAUGAUACUCCUGUAGAAGUGGAUCCCGAUUCCAAAAUUUUCUAUUUUGAUAUCGAUAAUACUCUAUACAGGAGAUCUACAGGCAUUCAAGAAAUGAUGCAAGACGCAAUAUAUCAUUAUGUGCGUAAUGAAUUGAGUAUUCCAUCAGGAACGGCAAAACAUAUUAUGAAUACAUAUUAUAAACAAUAUGGUCUAAUGGCAGCAGGUUUAGUACACAACUUUAAUAUUGAUCCAUUAAAAUAUAAUAUGAUGGUCGAUGAUUCUUUGGAAAUUGGUCAUGUUUUAAAGCCUGAUCUAAAAUUAAGAAAAGUAUUAUUACAAUUGAAAGAAGAUAAUCAAAUUGAAAAAUUAUGGUUGUGUACUAAUGCUUAUGUCAAUCAUGCAGUUCGUUGUAUUAGACUUUUAGGUAUUGCAGAUUUAUUCGAUGGUAUUACGUUCACACAAUAUGAAUCUUCUUCAAGAGAAAUUAUUUGUAAACCUGAUCAUAGAUUUUUCGAAAGAGUGAAAAGAGAAAGUGGAUUAGGUAAUUGGAAUAAUGCAUUUUUCAUCGAUGAUAGUUUUGCUAAUAUUCAAUCUGCUGCUGCCUUAGGGAUGAGUAAAUGUUUCUUAGUGACUGAAACUACUACAGAUGACGGAAACAAAUUAAAAGCUAUACAAAGUAUAGAUGAUCCUGAUGAUAAAGAAUUGGAGAAAGGUUUAUUGAACAACAUUAUAGUGGUCAAUAGUGUAUUGGAUUUACCAAAGGCUGAACCACAAUUAUUUAUCUAA